AAAAGAAACGUUACGAACAUAGAAAUAUAGCAUAAGAAUAAAUUACGUGUUUUAAGAAUAAUCGACAAUGCAGAAAAAGUACAGGGAAGGAAACUGAUAGCGUGUUUCCCUCAAAGAGAAGCCCAAGGAAGGAUUAAGUAACUCGUGGCAAGGACGUGGCCUAGUCGACGGAGACGGUGUUCACGAUGGUCCAACGGCUAUCGUUGUUGAUCGAAUUGUUCGUGUUGGGCGUGGUCCGAUUUCUUGCUCAAUUUUGCGGCCGCAAAUCGGGUGGCCGUCGAAGGUACCGUCACCCAGUUACGUCAGCGUGCCCGUGGGUCCUGGUCGCGCGGUAUAAAAGCCGAAAACCACCCGUCUGUGGUAUCAUUCGCAUCACAGACAGACAGAUCAAGAGAUCUUCCAAUCAAGCGAGCUACAAUGGCCUUCAAGUUCAUCGUCUUCGCUGCCUUCGUUGCCGCCGCUAACGCUGGAAUCCUGCGAGAGCCUCUGACCUACGCACCAGCGGCGCCACUGGCUUACUCCGCACCUCUGGCCUAUGCGGCUGCGCCUGUAGCCAAGGCGGUGGUGGCCGCCCCUGUGGCUAAGGCCGUUGUUGCCAAGACCGUUGACGCCGACUUCGACCCCCACCCCCAAUACAGCUACGCCUAUGACGUGCACGACAGCCUGACCGGUGACGCCAAGAGCCAACAGGAAACCCGCGACGGAGACGUUGUCCAGGGUAGCUACUCCCUGAUCGAAGCUGACGGAGCCGCUCCAGUCGCAUACGCCGCCCCCGCUCCAGUCGCCUACGCCGCUCCCGUUGCCAAAUACGCCGCUGCUCCUCUCGCAUACGCCGCCCCCGCUCAUGCUUUCAUCCACUGAAUCCGAUCUAUUGUUUAGGAAUUAUGUUUGUCGAAUAAAUACGGUUUUUUUUUAGCAAGUAUACGAAACGUACUGUACUCUGUUACCUUUUUACUUUACUACCCAUAUCUUUGAACAUAUUUUUAAGUUUGUCUUUGAAUUUGGCGUUUGU